AUGUCGCGGAAUUUAGCAGAAUUCUGCUUUUUAUUUUGUGCACUUCAAUUGGGACUACUCAUAAAUGCUGCUGGAACACAUCCAUUUCCAUUUACAAUUUUCAGCCUGUAUACGGUGAUUGGGCCUGGCACCAUCCGCUCCAACUUUAAAUACAAUGUGGCAGUAUCUGUGCACAAAGCGGACGCAAAGAGUCUGAUUAAAGUGGGCAUCACUGGCCCAUCCUUCAAUGAGACCAAACAGGUCGAAGUGCAACCAAUGUCAACGGUAAAUGUUGAAUUCGAUGUGCCCAAAUUAAUGUAUGGAGCAUAUAGUCUGACUGCCACUGGUAUUGAGGGCAUUAUAUUUGAGAACUCAACGGAACUGAAUUAUAAGAAAAACACAGCAUCGACUUUUAUACAAUUUGAUAAGGCAACCUAUAAACCAGCGGAUCUGGUACAGUUUCGAGUGCUCUUCCUCGAUGAGAAUACACGACCAGCCACGAUUGACCAGCCCAUAACAAUUUUGAUUAAUGAUGGUGCCCAGAAUCGUAUCAAGCAAUUAUCGGAUGUCAAAUUAAACCAGGGCAUCUAUACAGGACAGCUGCAAUUAUCGGAACAACCCGUGCUGGGUACGUGGAAUAUUGUGGUCACUUUGGCCGAUGAAACUGCGGAAACUAAAUCCUUUGAGGUGGCCAAAUAUGUUUUGCCCAAAUUUGAGGUCAUUGUGGAAUCAGCAAAAGAUGUUGCCAUACAGGAUGGUGUCAUUAAGGCCACGAUUCGAGCCAAAUAUACCUAUGGCAAACCGGUCAAAGGCAAAGCCACCGUUUCUCUAAAACCCAAUGAUGCUUAUUUGGAUGACGCUGACGGUAGAAUGGAUCAAAUUAAAAGCAUCGAUAUCGAUGGCAAGGCCCACAUUGAGUUCCCACUUCAGCCAAAUUCACGUUCUACGCCUCCUUUGGAAAUAUUUGCUGUGGUCACCGAAGAUUUGACGGGUCGGCAGCAUAAUAGUUCGACAAUUGUCAAUUUGCAUGCGCAACGACAUAAAAUUGAGGCACUCGAUGCACCCAACAAUUAUCAUCCCAACAAAUCGUUUAUCUAUCAAUUUGUUGUCAAGAAUUUGGAUGGUUCCCCCGUGCAAGAUGCGACGAAAAAAGCAAAAAUCUGCUUCGAGCACAAUAAUGAAAUCGUUGAAUUUGAGGCAACCUUGAUUGAACAUGGUAUUGCCACAUUUAAUUGUAUACUGUCGGCAAAUACGUUGCAGUAUAGCAUUACGGGCUAUUAUGCAAACUCCAAUUCCUCCUUGGGUUCGAUUCAAAGAUUUCAACCGGAAAUUGACUCCGCUGUGCCACUGAAAAUCCAAAUAAACACAAAAACUCCAAAAUUGGGUAAGAGUGUUUCGUUUGAUGUGACAUCGAAUGAACCUAUUCCAUAUUUUCAAUACGCGAUUGUCGCUCGGGGCAAUAUUGUGAAAGCGGAGCAUGUUGAAGUGCCACAAGGUCGCAAGAACCACACCGUUAAGUUUACACCCACGUUUGCAAUGGUGCCACAGGCCUCCAUUUAUGUCUACUACAUCUUUGACAACGAGCUGCGCUUCGAGGAGAAAGCAAUCGAUUUCGAUAAGGAUUUUGAGAACUCGAUCGAAAUCUCUGCUCCAUUGGAAGCGAAGCCCAGCGAAGAAGUGAAACUGCAGAUCAAAACUGAUGCCAAUUCGUAUGUGGGUCUGCUUGGUGUGGAUCAGAGUGUUUUGUUGUUCAAGUCUGGAAAUGAUUUGACUCGUGAGGAUGUCUUCAGCAGUCUGAAUAAGUACAAGACAACGACACCCUGGCAGCAAGGCAGCUAUGAUCCCUAUCCGGGAGAAUUUUCGGGUUUGGUCACACUGACAAAUGCCAAUUAUCCCUAUAAUUGGGAUGCAGAUGUCGAUCCGGAACUUGUAGUAGAUGGACAGGAGUUUCCCAAAGAUACUUAUAAGGGAUAUAUGGUCGUACGUAAGGAGUUUCCAGAAAGCUGGAUAUUCGAACACGUUGAGAAGUAUGCAAGGCUUUUGGGUUUAGAAGAAUUUCUAGCGGAACUUCAUACGGUUGAAGUUGAAGAUUCAGCCGGAAUUCCUGGACCUCCGGCACUUCAGCGUCCUGCAGCUACGUCCCAAAUUCGAAAGGAAUUCCCCGAAACUUGGAUUUUUCAGAAUAAUAUAACUACCGAUGCAGAAGGUCUUACCUUGACUAAAAAGAUACCGGAUACUAUUACUUCAUGGGUUGUGACUGGUUUCUCCUUGAAUCCAACAACUGGAUUUGCCCUCACUCAAAGUCCCAGCAAAAUUCGAGUAUUUCGUCCAUUUUUUGUCUCCACAAAUUUGCCACAUUCUGUGAAGAACGGUGAGGUCAUUGCCAUACCUGUCAUCAUUUUCAACUAUAUGGAUAAGGCACUCGAUGCAGAGAUUACAAUGGAUAACUCGGAUAAGGAAUAUGAAUUUGCUGAGGCAACCAAUGAAGUUGAGGAGAAAGCAAUCGAUGAAAUACAACGAGUUAAACGAGCUACAAUCGCCUCGAACAGUGGUCAGAGUGUCUCGUUUAUGAUUCGGCCCAAGAAUGUGGGAACGAUCACGCUAAAGAUUAAUGCAAUAACUCCACUGGCAGGUGAUGCGAUCCAACAGAAAUUAAAGGUCGAACCGGAGGGAGUGACAAAGUAUGAAAAUCGAGCAGUUUUCAUCAAUCUUAAGGCUGAUCAAUCGGAAAUGCAACACGAACUCGAGGUUGAAAUUCCCCCACAUUCCGUAAAAGACUCGGAACUUAUAGAGUUCUCUGUCGUUGGUGAUCAAGUGGGUCUCGUCAUCAAUAAUUUGGAUAAUUUGGUGCGUAUGCCCUAUGGCUGUGGUGAACAGAAUAUGGUAAAUUUUGUGCCCAAUAUUCUGGUCCUCAAUUAUCUGGAAGCGACCAGCCGCAAAAUGCCCAGCGUUGAGGAAAAGGCGAAAAAAUUCCUCGAGAUUGGCUAUCAGCGUGAGUUGACCUAUAAACACGAUGAUGGCUCCUAUAGUGCCUUUGGCAAAUCUGAUCCUUCGGGCAGCACAUGGUUAACUGCGUAUGUCAUGCGCUCUUUCCACAAGGCUGCCAAAUAUACCGAAGUGGAUCGCAAGGUUAUAGGAGAAGGCUUGGAUUUCCUGGCCUCCAAGCAAAAGGAUAAUGGCGAGUUUCUCGAAGUGGGCAAAUUAUUUGAUAAUUCCUAUCAGUAUGAAUUGGGAUUAACAUCAUUUGUGCUGCUUGCGUUCUUUGAAAAUGAAGAAGUGCUAUCGAAGUAUCAACAAACCAUCAACAAGGCCCUGGAAUAUGUUGCUCAAGAGGUGGACAAGACAGAUGAUCAAUAUUCGCUAUCGAUUGCCGCCGUUGCUCUGCAAUUGGCCAAGCAUCCGAAGACCAAGCAAGUUUUGGCCAAGUUGGACACUGUUGCCAAGCAGCAAAAUGGCCAGAAAUGGUGGUCCAAAACCACCGCGAAGAACUCAACGGAUGCAGAACGAUUGAUCAGUUGGCGGCCCAUCACUAGUAACGAUAUUGAGAUUACAUCUUAUCUGCUGAUGGCACUCCUCGAAGAGGAGGCAGCAGAAGCAACGCUGCCCAUUGCCAAGUGGUUGAUUGCCCAGCGGAACAGCAAUGGAGGCUUCUCCUCCACAAAGGACACCGUCGUCGGUCUGGAAGCACUGACUAAGUUUGCCAAGAAGACUGGCUCUGGCAGCGGCACCAUUGACAUUGAUUUCAAUGGGUCUGGGAACGAUAAAAAUGAUAACGAUAACGAUAACAAGGGCACUAUCAAAGUGAAUCCCGAGAACUCACUGGUACUUCAGAGUCACGUUUUGCCCGGCAGCACACGUAAGGUUCGCUUCACAGCCAAGGGUCAGGGUUCGGCAAUGGUGCAAUUAUCCUAUCGAUAUAAUAUCGCUGACAAAGAGAUGAAACCCGCCUUCAAGGUGAGGCCCACUGUUAAGGAUACAUCCUCGCUGCUGUUGAGUGUGGAGGUGUGUGCCGAGUAUGUGCCCCUUGAGUCGAGUAACCAGACCAGUGACUCCAACAUGGCCGUCAUGGAAAUUGCCUUGCCCUCGGGCUACGUCAGCGAUGCCGAUAGUUUCGAUAAAAUUGAGGCAGUCGAUAGAGUUAUGCGCAUCGAUACCAAGAACUCGGAUUCCACGGUAAUGGUCUACUUUAACAGCCUGACUCCGGGUGAUGUCAAGUGUAUCCCGGUGGAGGGCAUCCGGGUGCAUUUAGUGGCCAAGCAACAACCGGCUGCUGUCUCCCUCUACGACUACUAUGAGACAGAUCGACGUGCCACGGAGUACUAUCAGGUCGCCUCCUCGCUCUGUGACAUCUGUGAGGACUCCGAUUGUGGUUCGGGUUGUAAUAAGCAAUAAACAAAUGUAAUCGUUUCUUUAAAAGUCCAUUAACACUUCACCUCCGCGUGGUGUUUAAUAAAUAUUUAAGUGCAUUCUAA